GACGACGGUUCCGCAGACUCCACGCCGGAGCAGAGCGCCUCCUUCGGGACAGGAAAUAUUCGGUGCUAUCAGGAGCCAGCAGCCGGCUUGUUGCUCAGUUUGCGUUCGACCGUCACCGGAAGCAGUCACGUGCGCGAGGAGGAAAGCUGCAAAAAAAAGGAUUACCCACCACCACCACCUUGAGGAUUAAAGUGAAAGUGAAGUGGGGAAUUUAAAGAGCCUUUCGAAGAAGUGUGUCAAUCAGAUGUUGUGGAUUAAAGGAUUAAGUGUGGGGCUUUGGAAGAUAAAAGAAAAUCUCCAAUAAAUGUGAUGUGAUUAAUGAAGUGUGAAACAACCCCAGAAAUCAUAAGUGAUAACAUGUUUCGAUAAAUUGGAUUACUAUACCAUAGGAUAUCGGAAUAUGUGCUCUAAGCGGUUUCAACAAUAAACACUCAUCAUCAUCGACGUUUCAUGCUCGGGCUUGAGCGAUUACCAUAAUUCCCCCUGAAGCCAUGACAAAUGAUUCAUUUGUGUACGGAGUGGAAUUGAAAUCGCCUCCGCCGACCACCGCCGACGACCAGCUCACCCAGUACGACCGCUUCCUCAAAACGCAGUCCAUGUCGGAACAAUUUCUCAAUCAAUUUCCUGGCCGCCAGUAUCGGGUGUCCCCGAGCGACCAGUCGGUUUCCCUGGUCUAUCUGGACGACCAGGGCCAUGACAGUGUCAAUUUGUCUACUUCAAUCCGGCAGAUCCUGCGGCAAAACAUUAUUAGCACCGAGUGGUCACUCCGGGAGGGCUCCACGGCCGCAACAGCAGCGAACGAAACAAGCUCCGGACCGGGCGGUUCCGGUUCCGGGAGUACGGGCGCCGUAAGUCGAGCCCACGGAGACUCGACGUUUCAGAACAAUCUCAUCAUCCCACUGUACGCGGUCAUCUUUCUGCUGUCGGUCAUUGGAAAUCUGCUGGUGAUCCUGACGCUGGCCCAGAACAAACGGAUGCGAACCGUUACCAACGUGUACCUGCUGAAUCUGGCAAUAUCCGACCUGCUGCUGGGGGUGUUCUGCAUGCCGUUCACGCUCGUCGGCCAGGUGCUGCGAAAGUUCAUCUUUGGGAGCAUCAUGUGCAAGCUGAUACCGUACUUUCAAGCCGUGUCCGUGUCGGUGGCAGUGUGGACGCUGGUGGCCAUCUCGCUGGAGCGAUACUUUGCAAUUUGCCGACCGCUGACUUCUCGUCGCUGGCAGACCCAGUUCCACGCGUACAAAAUGAUUGCCGUGGUUUGGGCGCUAAGCUUCCUGGUCAACUCGCCCCUCUGCUACGUCCAGCGGUUGCAGCCGGUGGGCCAGCGGGGAGGCAACGCCAACACCACCAGCAUCAUCGUGGUGGACCCGCCGAUGAAGUGCCGCGAGAUGUGGCCCGACAAGUCGUACGAGCGGGCGUACGUUCUGUUUCUGGACACGGGCCUGCUGAUUCUGCCCCUGCUGACGAUGGGCUUCGCGUACUCCAUGAUUGUGUCCAAGCUGUGGCGCGGAUUGCGCCGGGAAAUGAAAAACUCCGUCUUCCAGCGGCAUCAACUACAGAUUAACAACGCUGCCACUGUAUCGCUGGCAACGUCAGCCCUCGACAACGUGGCCGCAGCCGCCACCACCACCACCACCGGAUCUUCCCGGGGACAAUUAAUUACAGCUCGUUCGGAAGCCACCUGCUACCUGUUGGCGGCACCGGGCAUGACCAACAGCAACAGUACAAGCCAUUUUCGACAACGUGCCCAGCUGUCCCUGGCCAACAAUGGCAAUAACAAUCACUGCCCGUACUCUACGACGGCGGCGGCGUACGGCGGCAUGUUCCAGCAUCAUCGUGGCCUGGGAGGAGCUGGUGGGGUCCAGAACGGCCAAGCAGUGUUAUAUCUGCCAAGGGAAAUCGACUUCAGAUGCUCCCGGCGCCAACGACGUCCCAAAUCGGCACUGAAAACAACCCCCAUCGUGCCCACGGUAUCAUCCCUGACUGCGGCCGGCUUAUCUGCGUCGAACUCUCCGAAGCGGAUUCCAUUGAUGCCCUCAGCCUCAGCCAGCGGUAGCAAGUCCUACAACAGUGUCACGUACAGUUACGCCACCCUGGAGACCGCCCUCAACGACCGGGCGUCCUCCACCGAAGGUGGUGGUGUCCCUACGAUGCUCGACCCUACCAGCUCGAUGGCACCAAUGGGAACUUCCACAUCGAUCCCCAUGACGACGACGACGACGACGAAGGCCAACCUCGGACCGGCGAUCCUGGACUCGGCGUACGACGCCGCGGCCACCUCCUUCUCCCGCCAGGCCAUCCGAUCGACGUACAUGGACAAGAGCAUCGAGGCCAAGAAGAAGGUCAUCCGGAUGCUUUUUGUUAUCAUUGUCGAGUUCUUUGUCUGCUGGGCACCCUUGCACAUCCUGAACACGGUGUACCUGUACUCGCCCACCUUUGUGUACACAUACGUCAGCAGCAACGGAAUCGCCCUGGUGCAGCUGAUGGCGUACAUAAGCUCCUGCUGUAAUCCGAUUACCUACUGCUUCAUGAAUAGACGGUUCCGGCAGGCGUUCCUCAACAUUUUCGGCUGCUAUCAGCAUCGCAUCUUCCUCUGUCUGUGCUGUUGCUUCCACAUCCCGCCCGAAAGCACCCAGGCGGACGCCGAGUCCAAAUCGGGCCAGGGCUCCAGGGGUGCCAACCGGAGCAACAAUCAGGGCGGCGGCGGCGGUGCGGGACCGGGCGCCGGCGGCAACAACUCGGACAUUUCCGGCAACGAUUCGAUGGCGUACGCGGGCCGCAGCAUCGUCCAGCGCUCCGAGAUUGUGGUCCUAGAAUCCGAGGAUCGGGUUUAGCAACGGCUCCGACCACGUGGCAAGCUCCGUUUCGAUCGUCAACUCCAUCAGCUCGAACCGGAUUGCGCAAGUGACGCAGAUAAUCGAAACCGACCCCGAGGACGCAACGUUUCGUUUCAAGAUCACGUGGUCAAAGUCCUCCUCUUCAGCUAAUCAGCCCAAGACUGUUAACGGUUGUGAUAACGAACGGUACUCGUAAGUGAGUGUGUUUCAAUUGCUGUUGGGAAAGGAAGGAAAUAUCACAAAAACAUGAAUUUAGAACGCUGGCAGUUACAGUAAAACCUGGACUGUUUGACACUUUUUUUAGGACCAAAGUCAACCUUGAAGGUGAAAUAGUGUCGCUCUCGCGAACACCACCACACGCGAACAACACAGAAAUAUUUUUCAAGUUGUCAGCGUUUUACUAUUUAAGGAAUCAACGAAGUUUCCCGAAAGAAAAGCAAUGUUCUUAGCUCUUGUCUAAAGUGUAAACAUUUCAAUGUUUAAAUAAUAUCUGUAUAAAAUCAAUGCGAAACAACGGAAAAAAAUGCACAAAAAUGUUAUCAAGUUUAAUUUACCCACUACACUAGAGUGUAAACCUCACCAAGUUUCAAAUUCCACUAACCAAAAAAAAAUGCCCAACCCAGUGUAAACCGAAACCACCAAGUACAAUCCGACUCAAGAACAACACGAAAGGUCUCACUUUUGUUACAAAUCGUCUAGAAUAAGUCCCGAAAAUGUUGCUCUGAUUGUAGGUUACAAUUUAUGUAGUGUUUUAGCUAAGAUGAAAGAACAGUUGUCAAAAAGUUACGGUCACGGCGCAAAAUGUGAUAAAUCGAUGUUGAAUAAUCGUGAUGAA